GUGAGUCCAGGUAAGAUAGCAUUGCGGUGUUGAUAUCCAUUUGUAGCUGGAUGUACAGAACAUCGGUGUGCCUUCUCUACCUCAACCCCAUGGUCGUUUCUACGAGCGACGAAGAGAGCAUAGAAGAGGAAGACCGAUUCUAUGAUGCGUUUUCACUUUUCGCUUUGUCUACUUCUAUAGCUACAUCAUGAUCCAAGUUAGGGUAUCCGACCUGUGACUUGUAACGGUACCUCUCCAGGAUGUCCAAGUAGGCUUUUCAUCGUUUUUAUUACUUCGAGAAAUGCACGAACGCUGUCGCUUCUCAUCACUUUAGUUGAGUGAUCAUUUCAGUUGUGAGAUCACAAGGAUGACGUCGCUGGAUGAUGGUGGUGCGACGCCAGUUGGUUUUGCACACGAAUUCCGGGACGCACUAGACAAGGCCUGCCGUGUUGACGGACGAACACAGACGCGCGAAGCGUACUCAACGCUCAUCCGUGAGAACACAAGGCUGUUUGAGAAGGAUCUCACGGAAGGUAUGAAAACGUUUUGAUCAAUUUGGAAGACGGUGGAAGACUUGUCCUGAUGGGAUUGAUAUUUUUAUUGCAGGCUCAGUUGCAAUGUUAUUGGAUACAGAUUGCUUGAAAAGAAGGGGUGGGCUCAAUUUAUUAGGAUUUUUCUCUGUGGCAAUCUUUUAUUGAAUGCAACAAACUCAGUAUGCGACGAUAUGCACGAGUGGCUCUCUGGUCCGGUGCGAGAAGAGCGCGAGUACGUGGAUCAGCAUAAGAAAAGGAGAGAGGGUGGGCUCCUUACUCUAAUUCCUCUUCUUCAUAUCGUCGAUAGCGCCAUGAAGAAAGCGGUAGCGCGAAGUCAAGCCGAAGGCAGACGCACAGCCGAAACAAUCUCUCAUCACGUGCCGAAAUGGGUCACUGCUGCAAUAAAGUUCACGCCAGAGAAGCAGUUCUCCGACCGCAUAGUCUCGCUUGUCUCCAAGUGGUUGAAGCAGAACUGGUAGUCUCUCUUUUUUUUUAUGUUUGAGUAGCAGAAGCUUCUUUCCAUUCUGCAAUCUUUGAUCUUUGAUUUAGAUUUUUCUUUUGUUGAAAGAAGCUCUCUCAAAAUCUGCCACUUCGACGGAAAUGCCAUGUCUAUCCGAUUCACACCACCAUGUCCGCACUACUGCAGGUUCAUGCACGAUGCGAAAAAACUAGUGCAAGUGGUAAAAUUGUGCACGCCGGAAAAGACGGACCUAAGCCACUGCGUGCACGAAAAAGUUCUCGCGAUGACGAGUGUGGAAGUUGUGGGCGCAGAGGAGCAUGCGCCUGCGCUGGCCGCAAAUACGGCAACGGCAGCGGCGGACCAAGGUCCUGGCGGAGGAGGGGGAGGAGUAGUCAUUGCAACCGGCAAUCUCAUAGCGGAAGCACAAAAUGCGGAAGAGCUGCGCUUGAUGCGGGAAGAGAUCUCGAGACUGCGCGCGGAGAUGCAGCACCAGCAGCGUCCGCGCAGUCGCUCACGACGCGGCUCUCCCAGGAGGGCAGGGGGGCGCGAUCGCGACAGCCGCGGACGUGGAGGUGGUGGCCGGAGACGAUCUCCUCGAGGGGAUAGCCGAGAUCGGAAUAGACAGAAGACUAGAGAUCGGGAUGACAAGCUGCAUGAUAGCCGCGUUCUGGAAACAGGUCGAGACGCCAUGAGAAAGGGCGAAAGUGAUAGCGCGAACAAACCGUCCUUAUUCACAACCGCGCCUGCAGCGACAGCCACAGGCACAAAGCGGCUUAUUCUUCCGGCUAAAGCUCCAAGCGCUGCUGCGUUGUUGGCCGGACGCAAGGUCUAUCCCAGUGCGCAGGAUGGUGUUAGUGCGAACGUUAAUGUUCGUAGAGGCUCUGGUGAUGGACAGUGGGCAUGGGAACAACCACCGCCCGCGACGGCAGGCGCUUGGUCCGAUGUCCCUGAGGGUACACUCUUGACGGCGAGGAAGGAGGAUGCAGAAGGAGAAGAGGCGAUGGAUCUCGGUGGCGUGGAGAUGGACAUAGUACCGCCACCAAGUCACGUUAGACCUCCGACUGCUGCGCCGCUAGCUGCAGUGCAGUCGGCAUAUGCGGCGAGUAAAGGACUGACACCACAAUUGGUGAGUUCGACAUCGAGUAGUAGUUUUAGUGCCCCGAAAGGCAGCCUCGGCACGCAGCUACCAGGAAACUUUGGGGGAGCUGAUAGCAUGGGCGCACUGGGAGCGGGAAAGGGCGCAGGCAUGGCAGCGGGCAAUGUCGGAAAAGGGGUUGUAAACAACUUUUUCAACAAGAACAGCAACAGCUUGAUGAAUCUCAACACAGCAAACAACAUGAUGGUUACCAAUAGCAUGAUGCCCAACACAAACAUGACGAUGAACAACAUGAGUACAACUUCUACGCAGAGUGCUUUGCCGUAUGGCGCGACACCUUAUCCUGGUGGGGGACAUACCUCUGGCUCCGGUUUUCAGCAGUUUGGUCAACCAUCAUAUCUCAACAGCAAAGGAUCGAACAUCAACAUGUCAUUUCCAUCAUACCCGAGUCCCAGUCAAUCCUAUUCCGGUGCGCCAGGCAUUAACAACACAUGGCCGGCGAUCGGCACGCAGCAGGGACCUUACAAUUCCACAGCAUCGUACGCUUCUGGUUAUAACAAUUUUCUACCGCAGCCACCCAAUACGAGUCAUUUGAAUUACCAUCUGGCGCGAGUGCCGCAAGUGAUUGGUCCUCCGAGCAGCCUUGGGACAACUAACAAUCUGUCCGGAGAUAGCAGCAGUAGUGCAUCGGCCGUAGCGGCGGCGAUAGGUAUGAGUCAGAGAAGCGGGCUGCCACCGUGUACCGCCAAAGCCGUUCCUAAAGCAGCCGUCUCGCCGCGCACAGGUGUGCUCGUGGUUGCAGCAAAAUCCAAAUCCACGUACUAUUUCUCAAUGAAAAUUUCUCUUGAGUGAGUACUUCUUGAAACGUGUGCACAACAGAUUACAUCUUCAUUAUCACGGAUGAAAUUCAGUUUUGAGUAAAUUUUUGAUCAUCCAGAAUCCUCUCUUUAAGCUUGACAAGAUGCGUCGAUAUUCGUAAUCGAAGAUGAUCACGUACAUACUUAUUAAAUGAGCUGCGAAAGGAACUUCCGUCCUCCAUUUCUAAUCGAUAUGCUAAUUUCCUCUUCUUACAACAACUGCUUCCUCCAUUUGUAAUCGAUAUGUUAUAAUUCCCUCUUCUUACAGGAGUUUUGGUGGAUUGACACAAGCGCCAGCGAAGUCGCCGGCUGGCCCUGCGAUUUCGCGAAUCCGUCCACCGUUGGCCGCGGACGAACCUGAGCGAUGGCUUUGUUCUGCUUGUGGCUUUAGCAAUAUCGCUGAGGUGGCGACGACGCACUGUAAGAAAUGUGAGCAGCGCCGCGCUUUGGUCGAGCUGAAAGACCCGAAAGCCGGAGUGGAUGUGCCGCGUGCUACCUUUGAAGGCGGAGAUGCGGAGGAUGUCCGGAAAGAGGUAGACGAAGAGAUGGAGUACUUGAUGAUCCAAGAGCACCAGAAGAGGUUGGAGGAAGAAGCGGAGGCCAAGGUAGCUGCCGACAUUUAAGGCUAGUUUUUCACUAUCCCAUUAAAGUAUCCUAAGUGGAGUCCCCCUUGAUUUGAAGGAGAAAACAGGAGGGGGGAAAGGGGAAGCCACUCAAAAAAGGAAUAUUGACGAACUAGUUCUAAGAAAUGCAACGUAUCGAGGAAGAAGGCCGUCAACAGCAGAGCACAACUAUCCAUGAUGAGCAGGGUGAGGCCAACAUGGAAAUUGACGUAGAAAACGAGGACGUUAUCGUAAGACCUUCUGCUGUCACUGGUGGUGGACACUACAACCUCCAGACAACUGGAUAUCAACAAUAUAACGACGUCUACAACUAUAAUUCCGGAAAUGGCAGUAGUAUGACUUCCAACUAUAACAACAACAUGCGAGGACAGCAUCAAUCCGGAGCAGGUGGGAGCUGGGUUCCGCCGCAGGGACGUCCUUCGCCGCCGCCGCCACCUCCGCCACCAGGAUCCUCAGAUCCUUGGCAGCUUGGCUCUCGUGCUCCUGUGCGUGCAGCUGCUGAUGGGUGGAGCACGUCCUCUGGAGGCGCUCGAGCUGCUGUAGGAUUGCCUGUAGGAUUGCCGUUGCCAAGUGGAGACAAAGUAGACCUUCUCUCGUCCAGCAAGAAUGAGCCAGCAUCAAGCAGUAGUAGUACAACAAAUAUUAAACCUCGAGGGACUCCGACUGCCGACGGCCGCAUUAUCCUACCGCCGAAGGCGGGAAGCGGUCGCAAACCAACAACUGCACCGGACACCUAUAUUUACCGGAGUCCGCGACCGGGACGAGCCGAUGACCGAGAUCGCGAACGUGAUCGUGCGCAGGAACGAGACCGUCCUCAGCGAAGCAGAGAGCGUGAUCGAGAUCAUCGCAGCCGAGAAAGAAAUCGAGAACGCGAGCGGGACCGUGAAAAAGCAGCUGCUGGUGUAGAUCGUGAUCGCGAAAAAGGAACUGAUCGUGACCGUGAAAGAGGAAAUGACCGUGAAAGAGGAGGUGAUCGCGACCGUGAAAGAGGAACUGAUCGUGACCGUGAAAAAGAGCGGGAAACAAGGGAGAAAAACCGAGAUCGGGAACGCGACGCACCUCGUGAUCGCACUAGAAAUAGAAGUCGCGAGCGCGGCAAGACCUCUCGCGAAGAUGAAGUUGUUGACCGAGACGAGCGCCCGCGUGAACGCGAUAGAGAACGACACAAUGUUGACCAAGAAAAGCGAUCACGUGAGGAACAUCCCCGCUCAGCAGUGCAUUCGGAUGACCCUGCUCCGAUUACUAGUUCCAAAGAAGAUGCGCCGAUCAGGAGCACCAAGGACCGCAGCAAGAAGGACAAGGACGCAGAACAAGGCAACAAGCAGAGGAUUGAAAUGCGUCAAAUAGAAGUACGUCCUGUUGGAAGUGGAGACGAGCGCGUCAUGGAGAGGGUGGACAGCAGGCACAAACAACCGAAGUCUAGUGUAGCGCGUGCUAGUCCAGUGAGGUCGACGUCGAAGGACGACCCAGGGGUAUCUGGCAAAGUAGUUGUAGCUAACGGUAGUCCUCAAGUCAGUCCUGAAAUCACAAGUGCGAGAUCGGUGGAUAUUAAAGGUCAGAAAGUAUUCGAUCCAGCACCAGCUGCGCCACCUGUUGUGGUUGUUGCAGCACACAACUCGAGUUCCCCAGCUUCUCAUCCUUCACCGCAAACCGCUGUUGCAACCAGUAAACACAAGACUAGUAGUACAAAUAUCGCAGACCUGACAGUUGAGUCGCGUACUUCCUCUAACAAGUCAUCUGCAGCUGUAGCAGCACACGUUCAAGCAAGCUCUUCACCCAAUCACUCUGCCUUACCAUCACCGAAUAAAUUGCCAGCUGUUUAUCAGAUCUUUUCAUCGACAUCAACAUCUUCGAAGAACAACAACUCUAGUACCAAGACCUCCAACUCUACCAAGCGGCCGAAAGAGAAGCCUUCCAAUGAUUUUGACAUGUUUCAACUUGACGAUCACGCCACAAAUAAAUCAGGGACGAGUAACUGCGCUGUGUCAUCGUCCGGUAGCUCUGCUAAGGUGGUAAAGCAUAGCAACAGUCACGGCAUAGAACAUUCAUCUUCAUCCGGCACCCUUGGUCAUGGUCAGGAUAAACUACAAGCAAAAGUAGAGAUGAAAGAAUCUACUUCCUUAAGGGACAAUGGAGGAGGUAGAGACAGUGGAGGAGGUAAUGCGGACAAGAAAGGCGCAACAACUACUACUUCUAAAUCCGUGAAGCGUCAUCACGAGGUGGACCCUCAGCGUGUACUCAAAGGCGUGACCGAAAAGGUGAGCAAAUCUCACCGUGACCACAGAGGACGAACAUCUUCGCGAACUGACGACCGUGACUAUGUUUACGACAACGGAUCGUUGGAGGAGCACAACAACAAGCAGUGCUCCCGACAGCCUAGCACGACGACCAUGAUUGUAACUAUGGCCAAGAUGGAAGAUAAACUUCGGGAGUCGUCCGUGAACGAGGAGCAGGCACACCGUGAAGCCGAGGCCUACUUGGAAAGGAGGAAACGACAGCGUGAAGUUAAGAGUUUCCAAAUUCGAUUCUCCACGAACAUCUUCCUUGACCUAUCUUCUACCUAGAAGUAGGGCAAACCAAGGUCCAGGAUGUUGCUCGAGAAUGUGUACUUUUUUUUUUCUAACGAAGAGCAGGAGAAGCGAGCACGAGCUAUGUCACUGGCAAGCGAAGGUGACGCUGGCGAUGUCGCGCCAAAAGCGAACUCGUCAAACCCGCCUCCCCGUUUUAAGAUCGAAGAUCUCGAGGAGAACUUCCCGACUGGUGAUGAAAAGAGGCAAAAUACUAGAUCGUCUGACCGAGGAGGUGGCGCUUCUAGAAGACGGCACAAACACAAUAGAUCUUCUGACCGAGAUCGGCGAGACGACAUGAUGAGGAGUCCCAAUAAAGCAGGUGGUGGACGGGAGAAGAAAAGUAGUAGGGAGAACAAAAGCCGUGGAGACCGAGACCGCGAUCGCGACCGCCAUAUUGUAGCAGAAGAAGACGAUAGAAAUUAUGGCAAUGACAGUCUUGCUCGCCGAGACAGGACACGAAAUAGGGACCGCGACAGAACACGACGAGAAAUAGAUGACGACGUUCCACCAAGCACUGACAAUAUAGUUCGUGUCACCAUGGCUGACAGUCGACGACGCGUCGACGAGCAUGGUACGCGAAAACCAGCAGCGAGAUGGCAGCCUUCCGAUGACGAUGAUGAUGAAUAUGUAUGUAAUGCUGACGGUCAACAUAGCACCAAAGCAUCUAAAACUCGCAGAAUUCAACGUCGCCCUAGUCCAGCCCAAUCCUCUGUGCCCUCAUUUGACGAAGCAUCUGAGCCUAAGAGCAGUCCUGUAUUGGAUAGUCCUGCAUUGGUAGAUCUCGAACUACAAGCACGUGGGAGAGACCGCGACUUCAGAGGACAUGAGCGUGCUCCUUCUGCCUCUGCCUCCGACGAUCGUCAUGUUCCUCAGCAGGGUUCUUCGGGAUCGGGUCGCGGAGGUAAUCUCGAGUACAUCAGCAGUGUUGACCUCGAUUUAAGGACGCGUCGCGAAGCAAAGCAUGACAGAGACCACGACAGACAGUCCUACGACGUCAGAGACGACAUCAAGCAGUCUUCCAAAGCAGUGUCUUCUAAUUCUUCAAAUGCCAACAGUACCAAUGGCACAGGUGUGAAGCUCACCCGACGCAAGCAGAAGAGACCAAAAUCUUCAGCGGACCAAAAUCUUCAUGAUGAAGCUGACGCUGAAAAAAGUCGCUCAGAAGGGGAGUCACAAGAGCUCUUUAUCACAGGAACCUCUGCUCGUGGACAACAACGUCGGGCAUCGCCCCCUCCUAGAAGGUCUCCGCGAAGAGGAUCGCCACGACGUGCUUCGCCGCCUAGAAACUCCCCUCCUAGAAACUCUCCUCGUAGGAACUCCAGACCUAGAAAGUCUCCACCGAGAGAAUCACCAUCUAGAACUGUCGUCAAUCUCGUCAGCCGAAGGGAAAAAGAAAUUAGAAAACAGGUACCAAUAUAGUAUAAGAUGAUGCUUACACAACUUACUAAAAAGAUUAGGAUGAUGUUAUGAUACGAUAUUCGCAGCCAGAACUAGAAGUUUAAUCAUAAACUACUAGUCUAAGGCCGUCUAAAUUGGUUUUGCUGCCGACUACUACUUUAAUUAUGCUCAAAUUCAUGUGGUCCCAGUACUCACUUCAUUCUGAGAGAAAAUAUAAUGUCAUUUCAACUACAUCUAUCUGUUCAGAAUCUCGGCCGCGAGGCGAGACCGAAGGCGCCGGCUUUGCUGCCCCCACAGGGAAGUUCUACUUCUGACUCCGAAGAGGCCUCAGACGCACCACCAGAACGCAAAGACAUCCAAAGUAUCGUGGACUACGGUGACUUGUGAGGAAGUAGAGGCAUUGACACGGCGUGAAGGGUGGUUGGCUGCUGUGACGUGAUUUGUGCGGCUUCUUUGAUGGCGUUUUCGAAUUCCAGCUAGAGGCGGAAGUUCUUUCGAAGCCGCUUUUGUACAAUUAUAUACAGAACCAAGUUGUGGUGUCCUCUUUGCUAAGCCCAUCUUUAAAGGAAGCGGAUGCCCAUCUUUAAAAUCCCAAGAGCACCGACUCCCAAGAGCACUGACUCUUUGAGUUGUGAUAUCCACCAUAUGAUCCUCUUCCCCGAAACUACGAGAAUCGUAGUUCUUGUAGAGGGUCCUUGUAGAAGAAGUGCCCAACCCCACUACCUCUACCUCAUAUUGACUUUUUACGAAGCAGGGUUCUUGUGGUCAACAAAAACCCUUUUACACUCACGCAUCGGCAUAAUUUGCAGAAGUGUGAUGAUGUCAAUUAUCUUCUAUAAACCCAGUAUCACAACAAGAAUGUUGAAUAAACAACCCGCUAGUUGUAAUGGCAACACAACUUGCGAUCAGCUGAGAAUUUUCCAAUGACGUGGUCCGCCGUAUUUCCAUUCUCCAUCGCGCUCGAACCACUUU